GCUGAUAAACGGUAGAAAUAACGCUUAUAAACGUUUGGAAAAAUGCUUGUAAACGGUUAGAAACGGUAGGAAAAACGAUAGAAGAAACGAUUAUCAAUGUUUGGAAAAACUAAUAAACAGUAGAAAAACGCUUAUAAAUAGUAGAAAAACGUUUACUUUGGAAGAAACGUUAGGAAACAUGCUCAUAAGCAGUAAAACGAAACGCUUAUAAAGAUUUAUUAACGGAAGAAAAAGGACCAUUUGCAGCAGGAAAAACGCUUACACAGGGGAGAAAAACUUUAGCACCUAUUUAUUAGUCGUCACGCAGUGAAGCCUUUUCGCAACUUUUUAAAUUUUAACCUUUGAAAUCCAAGUUUUAAGUAUGGAUGGGAGAUUCACUUGAUACUUCCUUCGCUCUUUCAUUCGCAUCCUGUUAGAUGUCUUAUGAUCGAAUUCGCUGACCAAUGUAUGAUGUUUUCGCAGUCGAAUCGAAGUUCAAGUUAUACGAGGAUAUUACAUUCAACGUGGUGGUGCAACGAUUUCCUCAUCGAGUGAGUAGUUUCAAUCUAUAGUAAGUCUGGAUAGUAAGAAAGGGUUAUUAUCGCAACAGUUGAAGUAACAGACGUCUGAACAAUAGAAAUAUAUCAUAAAUGAAACCUGAAACCUGAGUGAUGCAAAAUUACGUUACAAGUGUAAUAGUAUAAUAGCACAUAACGUAACGCAUGAAGGUCACGUUUUCAGAUACGGAAUCUUAAAUAUUGGUACAAAAAGCAGUUUAACUAAUCAUUAUUUUAAUGAAAGGGAGUUCAGGGAUAAUUAACUUGUACGUCCUGGUUUCACACUUGCCAAAAGCGUCUUGUUUUUAUUCGACAUAGAAGUGAAACGAUUUCCUGACCGAGUGACGAUUAAUUUUCCAAGUUGAGACUUUGAUUCGUGCUGUUUGGGCGUGCCUUGGCGCCAGCGGGUCACGAACCGGUAGAACGAACCUUAGUGACAAAGUUUUGCGAAAAGCAGGAAGUAAUUCCGGAGAAGUACUCAUUUCCUCGCAAGCCAGUCUCGCAAUGUUCGUGCUAAAUCUCUCCAAUUCAAACUGUUCUCUUGUUUUCUCGGCAGACGACGUGGCCGCAGCUUGGUGUCUUGUGGGAAUCAACAUAUUUACGAUUAUUCUGGGUUCACUAGGUAACUUGUUGGUGUGCAUAGCAGUGCUUUCAACUAAAGGCAUGACCUCAAGCUUCCAUUACUUCAUUUUAAGUCUGGCUGCUGCAGAUCUUGUCAUUGCUCUUGUGGUUCAGCCGAUUUUAGUCGUCUUGAUUAUCGCUCACAUAAACUUUCAAUGUCUCCCGGAUGCGCAUUUAGUCUUUCGUGUAGUUGGUAACUUUGCUUGUGCCGUCUCGUUACUGACAUUGGCCUUGAUUGCGCUGGAUCGUUGUUUGAUCGUCUCUCCUCAUUUCGACUACAAGAAUACAAUGACAGCAAGAAAGAAAAUCGUUCUGGCCGUUAUCUGGUUGUUAGCCUGUGCGUGUUCUGCCAUAAGGCUAACCAUCGAGAAAGAGAUAACAUCGUACCUAACCGCCGCUGUGUUUGGGUUGUGCUACGUGGAAAUGAUCGUGUGUUAUGCAGUUGUUUAUUAUCGAAUCUCCAAACGGCGUAAACGACCAGCUGCGAUGCGUGCAAGAACUGAACUAAGGGGAACACGACAUGAGGCGGCAGAAGUACAGCUUCUCAAGACUGAAAACAUCGCUAAAGAGAGACGUUUUGCCCGCACUAUCGUCAUGGUACUAGUUGUUUUUACGGGUGGAUGGAGUUAUCUCUUUUAUCUGCGAUUGACGCAACCGGAAAAGAACUACGGAAUCAGGUAUGAUGUGGCUCGUACUGUGGCGUUUUCUGCGUCUGCUAUCAACCCCGCUCUUUACUGCUUCAAUAAUAAAGAAUAUCGACGUGCAUUCAAGAGGAUUUUGUCAAGUUUCCCUUUUGGAUGGCGCCGCGAGGAAUAUGAAAGAAUCUUGUGAUCAGCCAGUUUAAGGUAUAAUGAAAUGCCAUUCCGGAAGUGAAAGUGAAACUGUGGAUGGAAUAGAAAUCAACGCAGAUAAACAGAUUUUGCCAGAAUGAGAUUGCGUGACGUUAAACAGCGAAAGAAACUCUUUUUUUGAUCAAGGGUAGUUUUAAGCCAGAGACCCUCGAUCAUUGGACGUUUAAGUAGAUUAUUUUAUUAAUAUCUAAGCACCGUAAAAUAUUCUUAGCCGAUAGACCCGGAGUAUUUGAAGUAAUUUUAAAAGACAUUUCUGUAGCAGCUUUAAAAGAUUGCCUCGGGAUAACAUUCAACUACAGUACAACAUGGCCGACGCUUUCGGCAAGGCAGCAACAGGCGAAGUAUUCUCGCACUCCAAAGAGGUAGAGAACGAAUUUAUGUAAUAAGCAGCUAUAAGUCAGCUUUGCCAGAAAAAAACGAUGUGAGGCGAUUAGAGUUUGCAAGACAUGCUUGGAAAGAAAAGUCUGCCAUAGUCAUUUACAUAACAGUGUGGAAUUUGAAAAGUAUAACCUUAAAUACACAUGUCACAGAUACGGGUCAGAUUUGUUGUAAUAACCUGCAUAAUUACAGUAAAGAUUUGUGUAUCUAGCUGUGAGCUACUGAAGCUCGUACUGAAUUAUGUAAUAAUAAAGUUACUAUUACAGCUGUUACUGUUUUAAGCAGCUGUGUACGAACAAAUGUAAUUUCAUUGCCUUGCAUGAAUAAAAGUGCUGAUUUUGUUGUGUGAUGCCACCUCUAACUACCUCUCUGACAAAGAAGUGAACACAACUGUAAUUUAUCGCAAGGGUCGUGGAAAGAACUGUGUCAGACAUUUUAAUAACGAGCUUAUACCUGACCCUGAGUCUCUGACAGGUAAAACACUUUCUUGAGAGACAGUCGGUUUUGUUAUCUUGUAAUUAACGUUGCAAGUCUUAUACUUUUUGCAAUCUGCAUUGCUCUGCUGAGACAGAGGAGGAAGUAUUUCGCGAUACUUUUAAGUUACAAAUAGCUCUUGGAGAACGCUGGAAAUAGCAUUUCCGAACCUAGCUCUGAUUUCAAAAUUUUCUCGGGAGAAGGGGGGCAUGCAUGCCCCCAGACCCGGUUAACGGUUCGCGCCUUCGGCGCUAGAUUCUGUGUCCCCCCAGUUUUUUCCCGUUGCUACGGCACUGCAAACGGUAGAAAAACGCUGAUAAAUGGUAGGGAUAACGCUUAUAAACCUUUGGAAAAAUGCUUAUAAACGGUUAGAAACGGUAGGAAAAACGUUUAUCAAUGUUUGGAAAAACUAAUAAACGGUAGAAAAACGCUUACCAACGGUAGAAGAACGCUUAUCAACAGUAUAAAAACGCUUUACCUAGGAAGAAAUGUUAAGAAACACGCUCAAAAGCAGUAAUAAUGAAACGCUUAUAGAGAUCCAUAAACGGAAGAAAAAGGCCCAUUUGCAGUAGAAAAACGCCUACACACGGGAGACAAAACUCUAGCGCUAUAUACAAACUGCUCUCCAUGGGAAAUCUAGCUGCAAUCAGUGACAUCAGGAAAUUACCCCUUGUCCAGCCAUUCUCCGCAUUUCACCAAUCAUUUUGGCUAACUACUGGCGAAUAGAAAGCAAAACAAGACAAAACAGCUCGACAUAUUAUUAGCACACUGAAAAACAACAUACACCAUCAGCAACCGUAUUUUCUACUCUGUCCAGCAAAUGUCAAGACCAGCUGCAGUGGAGUUUUGACAAGAAGACAGUGACACACGGAGCCAAACCAAUACCAAGCUGUCAAGAAAUUUAACGAGGUGACUCUAUCAUGACGAUGAAGAAUACAGAAUCACUCGGCAAUUCCUCCCAUGAAACCAGGUCACUGUUUUGUUGCCCGGAAUCGCCACAAUACAUCUGGGACUUAAUCACACAACUUCUUUUAAGAUUAUUGUUGUCAUCACAACCAUUGCUUGUCCGGUUACCAUUGUGUUAAACCUCUUGGGGAUAAUAGCAGUAAAGACGAGAAGAGAGUUAAAAAAGAAUUCAAACAUCCUGCUGUCUAGCGUGGCUUUAGCUGAUCUUUUGGUGGGUGCUGUAUCCAUGCCACUGUCUAUCACGUUAGACACGUUAGUUAACGAGAGAGUUUUAGAUGUGGAUAUUAUUUGUGCGAUAGAUUCCACAAGUGCCUCUGUAAUGUACACCAUCUGCAGCGCGUAAGUUUUACAUUUGCUCCUAAUUGCUUGGGAGAGGUAGGUGGCGAUAGCGAAAUGUAUGGAGUACAAAGGUAUUGUUACAGGACGCCGCGUAAAGAAGUACACGAGAGUUGCCAGGCUAUC